AUGGAUAAACCCCGCUCAGAAAAUACCUUCACCAAUGGGACCAGCCGGACCACCUCGAUUGGGUCCGGGGAACGCCCAGACUACCUCAACCUGCCUGUCCGCGAGGUCAGCGAUGGCGCCGACCUCCGUGAAUAUACCACCGAAACGAGAACGGGCGAAAUCAUCAAGCCUGUGAAGUCAAAUGCCACAGGAAAAACGGAAGACUGGAAGCUGGUGACCUUCACUCUCGAUGAUCCGGAAAAUCCCAAGAACUGGUCGAAGGCAUACAAAUGGUACUGCACCAUGGUGGUGGCUUUCACCUGCUUCGUCGUCGCCUUUGCCAGCAGUGUCAUCACAGCCGACUUGGAAGGACCUAUGGAGGACUUUGGUGUCUCGCGCGAAGUAAGCUUGGUUGUUGUCACUGUGUUCGUUGUCGGGUUCGGCGUUGGGCCUAUGGUCUUCGCUCCCAUGUCAGAAAUGUUUGGACGCCGACCUCUAUAUGCCAUUACCCUUCUGGUUGCCGUCAUCUUUAUCAUCCCAUGUGCUGUCGCCAAGAACAUCGGAACCCUCAUCGUUUGCCGUAUGAUCGAUGGAAUUGCUUUCAGUGCGCCCAUGACUCUGGUUGGCGGCACUUUGGCCGAUCUAUGGAGAAGCGAGGAACGUGGUGUUCCUAUGGCAGCUUUCAGUGCGGCUCCUUUCAUUGGUCCGGCCAUCGGUCCCCUUGCCGGUGGCUUCUUGGGUGAUAACUGUGGCUGGCGUUGGCUAUACUGGCUCCAGUUGAUCCUGGGUUUCGUCGCUUGGGUCUUGAUCACUUUCACCGUUCCCGAGACCUACGCACCCAUUUUGCUAAAGAAGCGGGCCCAGAAGCUUCGCAAAAUUGAGAACGACGACAAGUAUACCACCGAAGGUGAACUUGACCCUCGACCUAUGGGCGAGAAGCUGCGUAUUUUCCUCUUCCGUCCUUUCCAGCUCCUCUUCCUCGAGCCUAUCGUCUUUUUCCUGGCUCUCUACAUGUCAGUCUUGUACGGUCUACUGUACAUGUUCUUUGUUGCGUAUCCGAUUGUGUAUCAAUCCGGCAAGGGAUGGAGUGCUUCUAUGACUGGACUGAUGUUCAUUCCUUUGGCCAUCGGUGUCGUCAUGAGUGCAGCCUGUGCUCCUCUCGUCAACAAGCACUACCUCAAGGUUUCGGAACAAUGCGGCGGAAAGCCCCCAGCCGAGAAGCGCCUGAUCCCAAUGAUGUGGUCUUGUUGGUUUGUUCCCAUCGGGCUAUUCAUCUUCGCUUGGACUUCCUAUUCUGAGAUUCACUGGAUGGGACCGGCAAUGGGAGGAUGGCCUGUUGGUUUCGGCUUCAUCUUCUUGUAUAACUCAGCUAAUAACUACCUUGUGGAUACCUAUCAACAUCAAGCAGCCUCUGCACUUGCAGCUAAGACUUUCCUCCGCUCCAUGUGGGGAGCUUCAACCGUCCUGUUCACAGAGCAGAUGUACAACCGACUGGGCUACCAGUGGGCCAGUUCCCUUCUCGCUUUCCUUGCCUUGGCUUGCUGUGCCAUUCCCUAUGUGUUUUACUUCAAGGGAGAGGCUAUUCGUCGCUUCUCGAAGUAUGCUUUCAGCGAUGAUGAAGAGCAAGCUAUCAAAGCAUGA